AUGGCCGAUGCAGUAUCCACCAACGGACCCGACGCGCUGGACGAGACCCUCAAGCGCCUCUCGAACAAGCCCGGCGUCAAGGCGACCGUCAUCCUUGACCGAGUCACAGGCGCGAUCUUACGCACAAGCGGACAACUGUCGUCCUUCAACGCGGCGACGCUGCAGACCUCGGGACAGGGUUCCUUCUCGGGGGAGGGCGCCGCGGCGCAGCAACAGCAGCAGCAGCAGAAUGGCGAAGAGCAACCGCAGGGCCUGGAGGACUUUGCUGCAAAGGUCUGGAACUGGGUGAAUGCGUCGGGUACGCUGGUGUUGGAUCUAGACACUGAGGAUGAGCUGAAGCUACUGAGGCUACGAACGAAGAAACAGGAGCUGGUCAUCGUACCAGAUCCGAAGUACCUUCUUAUCGUGGUGCAUGACACACCGCCGGCCUGA